AUGUCGGGACCAAUGGUGUUAUGUCAACUAUGGAUGGGAGGUCUGGAACCGUAUAUGACGGAAAGUUUUAUUAUGAAUGCAUUUAAUAAAAUGGGAGAACAGCCUCAAACUGUUAAAGUUAUGAGAAAUCGGUACACUGGGGAGCCAGCUGGUUAUUGCUUUGUUCAUUUUCAAACGGAUGAAAUGGCACUUGACGCAAUGCAUAAGCUAAAUGGCAAAGUUAUACCGGGAUCGAAUCCUGCGGUAAGAUUUCGUUUAAAUCAUGCUAGCACGACUGGUAAACCUGCAGCUGACCGAGAGUUUAGCAUUUGGGUAGGCGAUUUGUCAACGGACGUCGACGACUACUCACUGUACAGAGCGUUCGCUGCAAAGUACAAUUCUAUCAGAACCGCCAAAGUAAUACUAGACAGUUCGGGUUUUAGUAAAGGUUACGGAUUUGUUAGAUUCGCCAACGAAGAGGAGCAAAAGAAUAGUUUGGUCGCUAUGAAUGGAUACCGGGGGCUCGGCACGAAGACUCUUAAAAUCUGCAACGCCGUUCCAAGGCCUUGGAAUAAAUUAUCAGGUUCAACGCCCCCUCAGUCAUCUUCUGAAUAUUCCUCAACAAACAUGAACUCGGAUACCUACAAUUACUACGACACCUCAUCUUACUGGAAUAGUUACAGUGCUUGGCAGCAAGGCUAUUACGAAAGCGAACCUACCUCCGAUGCAUACAGCAAUUACGUCUCUGAUCAGAAGCUUGAAGAGGAUGAACUAGAGUUGAUCGAACAUUCAGUUCCAGUGGACAUCGACAAGUCUAACCGAGAUGUGAUCGAGCAGGAUUACAACAUGUGGGACGCCUUAGAAAGUUCAAAGUGGAUCCCUUGCGAUACAUUAGAACUGUGCUACUGAAACCAACGCACCAUUCCUUCAGGAAGUUCCGUAACAUUGAACGUCCGUAAGGAGGCUCUCGGAGGCCCUUGGAAGCGUUUAGGGUCCCCAGCUCUGGCAACGCCGCCGGUCUUGCGAUGAACCGAGCCUUAGCGAGCGGCUGCUCGCCGCGUGCCGGCUGUUUGCAUCUGCUACCGAUUCACCGCCCUUUAAAGCCUAUCCAGGUCCAAUGUCUCCUCGGCGAAACCUCCCAUCGAAUUCCGAGCAGCUCGAUUCGCCCCGAUGGCGCCGUAGGAAUUUCCACCGGAUCCCGCUCUCCCCCGGAUUCGUACGAUUUACUAAAUUCUAUUAUUUAUUAAAUCCCUUACCCAAGAACAAUUACCAGAUGCGCCUGGUUAACCCUUCGAGGCACGGAAUUUGAGAAAAAUAAUACGGCCCACGUGGCACGGAAAUUAAAAAAAAAUAAAAAGGCCCACGUGGCACGGAAAUUUUUUUUUCCCUUUAAAUUCAACAAAGUUGGUUUAUUCUUAUUAAUAAAGGAGUAAGGUGAUGUAAAAAUGUGAGAGAAUAAUAAUUCUAUUAAGUUUGUUUGCAUAAGGUGGGACACUUUUAAUACCACCGUGCCUCGAAGAGUUGAAAGAUAUCCGGUUAUCGUAAUGGCGGUAAUAGGGAAUUCUUAAAGGAGAUUUUAGUGAUACGUGUGGGUCGUUCUAUCCUUAAGAAAAGCGGGAAAUAAUUCAAGGUAAUAAGCCUUCGAAUGACCCGAAGUUCUACCUUCUCGGGAAGGUCCGCGACCUCGGCGCCGAGGACGAAACGCUUCGGUAGACCUCAAAGGAUCGACGCUCCUUUCUUCGAGGCACGAUCAAAUGCCCCCGAGUAAAUGAACGACGCCAAAACCAGAAGAGGAAGAUCCCGAAAUUCCAGAAACUCCGAACUUCGUCAAGCGGAAGAGAAGAGGAAGCAAUAAAGUAUACUUAAGGACGUCCCGAGGGAAGAGAGGAUAUUGUCUCGACGGAAACUGCGACAGGGGAGCUACCUCGCAGCCUGCUCGGAAUAUAUUCAUUAGAUUUAUACAAUUUCAAUGUACAAGCGGUAUGAAACAUCUUAAACGAACGAUACUUAUGUCUAAGUAGGGUAUUGUAUUGCUUUUCAACUUAUAGUACCCGCGAAAUGAUGCUCGACGGGAUGCGGAGCUUCAUGAGGAUAUAUUUAUCGAUGAUAGUAAAUAUCGCCGGAUUAAGAGUUCA